UCAUCUUUGAGUUUUUUGUCAAACGUCAAACAAGUGCAAAUUGCAAGUGCAAUUUUACGAUUUCUUUGUUUUGCGACAUAUUCUUGCCAAUUCAUUUACUGUGCCGUAACUAUUACAAAGUUAUAAAAUAUAGAUCGUUUAUAACGAAGUAUGUGUAUUUAACUUAAAGUCGUAGAGUUCGCAGUGUUUUUUGUUUUGUUGGACCAUGGGGAAUCAGCUGGUGGGAGUAGCUCCUUCUCAGAUAUUCCCUGUAGAACAUUACCUUAGCGAUCAUGCUGAUCUAUCGUUCGACCAGAGUCUUGGUUCAACGAGGUUCCUUAAAGUAGCAAGAGCUAGAUCUCGAGAGGGUUUGAUAGUAGUGAAAGUAUUUGCAGUCCAUGACCCAUCAUUGCCACUCGCUGAACAUAAAGAGAGAAUAUUGAAGAUAAAAGAACAGCUGGUUUCUGCCUUCAACUGUUUACCAUUCCAGAGAGUUAUUUUAACAGAUAAAGCAGGUCUUUUAAUGCGAGAGUAUUGCAAAUGUAGUGUCUAUGAUAGGAUGUCAACAAGACCAUUCCUCACAGUGUUGGAGAAGAAAUGGAUAACAUUCCAAGUACUGUAUGCAUUGCAUCGGAUGCACAAACUUGGCAUCUGUCAUGGUGAUAUUAAGUUAGAGAAUGUAAUGGUGACGUCAUGGCUGUGGGUACUGUUGACGGAUAUAGCAUCUUUUAAACCGACUUUCUUACCGGACGACAACCCCGCUGACUUCAGUUACUUCUUUGAUACUUCACGUCGCAGACUGUGUUAUGUUGCACCGGAGAGAUUCGUCAGAGCGCCCGAUCCUAGUUAUCGACCAUCUGGUGAUGAUAGAUCUGGUGGUCUGCUACUUAGCGAGUCACCCUGUAAAGUUGGUGAAUUAGUACCAAGUAUGGAUAUAUUCUCCGCUGGCUGCGCUCUUUUAGAACUUUGGAACGAAGGUACACCAGCUCUGGAUCUGCCGGGGUUACUGGCAUAUCGUAACGGUGAGGAAAGACCGUCUACUAUGACUUUACCGGAAGGCUCGGAACCAGGGUUGAGAGAAUUGUUACAUUCUAUGACUGAAAGAAACCCUAAAGAUAGAAAAAGUGCAGAAAUAUAUCUGGAUGAAGCUAGGGGCAAAUUAUUCCCAGAAUAUUUCUAUUCAUUCUUACAAUCUUAUAUGUUGAUAUUCUCCGCACAACCAAUAUUACCCGCCGACGAGAAAAUACUUCGAAUACAUCAAGAUAUUAAAAAUAUCAUAAAAAUAUUCACACAACCCUCAGAUGCGAAGAAUUAUCAAGAUUUAGUCGAAGAGACCACAGAUAAUAGCAACACAGAUAAUAUAGAGACAUUAAUGAAAGAAGGUUUUAAGGUUAUGAAUAUAAAUGUGACAGAUUUUGAAGAAGAAAAUGAUAACAAUGCUCCGGAGAAAAAUGAAAUGGGUCCAGACAGUGAGGGGUUGAUUUUGAUCACUUCGUUGGUGACGUCAUGCAUACGAGGUCUACAUCAUUGUACAUCUAAAUUAUAUUGUUUAGAAAUACUGCAGCUGUUAUGCGAGAAUUCUAGUUCAGAGACAAUAUUGGACAGGAUAUUGCCCUAUAUUAUUCAUUUGUCGCACGAUGGUACGGCGCGCGUGCGCUCCGCGGCCGUGUGGGCGGCGGCGCGCUGCGUGUCGCGCGUGUGUGCGCCGCCGCGCGCCGCCUGCAACGUCUUCCCCGAGUACGUGCUGCCGGAGCUGGCGCCGCGCGCUGCCGACCCCGCGCUGCCCGUCCGCAUCGCAUACGCUAAUAAUAUCGCGAAGUUGGCGGAGACCGCGGUGAGAUUUUUGGACCAGACGCAAAACAUGGCGGACAAAGAGACGGCAAAUAUCAACUACGAAACAGAAUUAUCAGCACUACAUGAAAUGGUUCGAUCAACGGUAUCUUAUCUUCUAACAGACUCUCAAGCAGUCGUCAAACGGGCAUUAGUUGAGAAUGGUAUCACGAAGCUGUGUGUGUUCUUUGGUAAACAGAAAGCAAACGACGUGAUCCUGUCGCACAUGGUGACGUUCCUGAACGACAAGGAGGAGGCGGCGCUGCGCGGCUGCUUCUUCGAGCGCGUGGUGGGCGUGGCCGCGUACGUCGGCCACCACGCCGCGCCCAUCCUGCUGCCGCUGCUGCAGCAGGGCUUAACAGAUAGCUCUGAAUGGAUAAUAGCGAAAGCUUUACGCGCGACGAGUAGCCUGGCCGAGUUGGGUUUGUUGCCCAAACAGGCGCUGUGCGACCUGCUCGCAGAGAGUGCCGUCUACCUCGCACAUCCCAACCUCUGGAUUCGUCAUGAAGUCUGCGGCCUGGUGUCGUGUGUUGCCAGUCUAUUGAACCCAAUUGACGUCAACUGUAAAAUACUGCCGCUAGUGUGGCCACAUCUUAAACAUAAAUUAAUUCAGGUGGAGAGAGCAGAGCUGCUGCUGGAGAGCCUCGCGGAGCCCAUUCCUCGGAAGGUGCUGGAUGCUGUCCUGCGGCACGGGGACGUGGACCGCCUCGUGCAAACCCUCAGGGAGAGGAGGAACACCAGGCUCAGGGUAAAACAGGGUACAAUGCCUCAGUACUGUGAGAUGGGACAGCAACUAAAGAAUCUAUUUAGAAGACUGGCCUCUGAUGGUAUGACGGAACAUGUAGAAAACCAAUUGUUAGCUAUGAGUGCACAUCUUAUCAAAAUACAGAGCUGUACAACGCAGCACAUCUCGGAGGCGCCGGGGCGGCUGUCGCUGGCGGCGGGCGGCGCGCUGUCGCGCUCCGUGCAGCUGCACGCGCCCGCAGACUGCGUCGACGUGUACGCCACGCAACACAGACGCAGUCAGAAGACUUCUCUAUCACAAGAGGCGCAUAUGAACACUGAGUGGCAACACAUGUUCGGACAUUCGCAGGAACACCCCGCCAAGUUGAGCGGAGUGAGCGGUGCGAGCGCUGCGGGCGGGAUGGGCGCUGCGGGCCUGCCCGCACAACACUCGCAGCUCGGACACAGCGCCAGCUAUGUGCAAUACAGCAUGGCCCCCUGCCGGAUAGAGUUACGUAAUUUGACGGCGCGAAUGCAGCAGAAAUAUCAAAAGUCUUUAAGGAGUCAUGAAGAUAAUGGAGAGGGUGGGGAGGAUCUGUUGCCCCCUCCAUCAUGGCGGCCCGGCAACCAGCUGCUGGCGUAUCUACAUGAACACAAGUUAGUAACUAAUUUUAUAUUUGUAUUCAAAGCUUUAUACUUAAUAGGGGUGCACGCCGGUGUCAUAUCCUAUGCCACUCUCAAUGCCACCGUCGUCGGAUGGGACCUCAGGGCACCAGGUAAUGCGUGGAAGCUGCAGGGGGACCUGAAGCAGGGCGUGUUCACGUGCCUGUACGCGAACAGCGCGGGCUACGUGGCCGUGGGCACCUCCAGCGGCGCCAUCUGCGUCUGGGACCUCAGGUUCCAGCUGCCCAUCACCACUGUCAGGCAUCCUAACUCGGAACGUGUACGUCGCAUCGUGGGUUGUGGGGGGAGCGGGUCCCGCGUGUGGGCGGUGGGGGGGCGCGACGCGGCCGCCUGGUGCCUGGAGGCGGCGCAGCGCACGCACGCGCUCUGGCCCUGCACCAACAACGCGCACCCGCUCAACUACUCCGCGCCGGCGUGUCAGUACCUAAGCGCGGCGUACUGCGGCGCGGGGUUCCUGGUGACUGGGGGCAGCGACCAGCGGCUGCGCUACUGGGACCUGCAGCAGCCCGAGGACUCCUACGUGCUGCUGCACGCGCCGCACGACCAGCUCCGCCCGCCAGGAGCCAUCAAGUAUAGGAGUAGAAUAAUAGACGGAACAACAGUAAUACAGGAGUGUUCUAAAGUGAGUCCGAACGCGUCCGUCGCCGACGACAACGUGUACCGCAGCGUGGAGUCGCGCUCCUUCCAUCACACCGCACCCAUCACAGACAUCACCGCCGUCGAGGGGAACAAAUAUUACCUCGUCAGUUCCUCCGCUGACGGUGUGAUUAAUGUCUGGAAAUAAAUACUUUCGACUACA